AUGGGAAAGACGCAAACAUGGGAAAGACGCAAACAUGGGAAAGACGCAAACAUGCGAAAGGCGCAAACAUGGGAAAGACGCAAACAUGGGAAAAACGCAAACAUGGGAAAAACGGAAAUAUGGGAAAAACGCAAACAUGGGGAAAACGCGAACAUGGAGAAAACGCAAACAUGGGAAAAACGCAAACAUGGGAAAAACGCUAACAUAGGAAAAACGCAAAUAUGGGAAAAACGCAAACAUGGGAAAAACGCAAAUAUGGCAAAAACGCAAACAUGGAAAAAACGCAAACAUGGGAAAAACGCAAACAUGGGAAAAACGCAAACAUGGGAAGAACGCAAACAUGGGAAAGACGCAAACAUGGGAAAAACGCAAACCUGGGAAAAACGCAAACAUGGGAAAAACGCAAACCUGGGAAAAACGCAAACAGGGGAAAAACGGAUAUACAGGAAAACCCAUACAGGGGAAAAACUCACAUAUGGGAAAAACGCACAUGCGGAAAAAACGCACAUAUGGGGAAAACGCAAAUAUGGCAAAAACGCAAAUAUGACAAAAACGCAAAUAUGGCAAAAACGCAAAUAUGGCAAAAACGCAAAUAUGGCAAAGACACAAAUAUGGCAAAGAGGCAAAUAUGGCCAAGAGGCAAAUAUGGGAAAGACACAAAAAUGGCAAAGAGGUAAAUAUGGCCAAGAGGCAAAUAUGGGAAAGAUGCAAAUAUGGGGAAAAUGCAAAUAUGGGGAAAACGCAAAUAUGGGGAAAACGCAAAUAUGGGAAAAACGCGAAUAUGGCAAAACCGCGAAUAUGGCAAAAACACAAAUAUGGGAAAAAUGCAAAUAUAGAAAAAACGCAAAUAUGGGAAAAACGCAAAUAUGGGAAAACCGCAAAUAUGGGAAAAACGCAAAUAUGGGAAACCGCAAAUAUGGGAAAAACGUAAAUACGGGAAAAACGCAAAUAUGGGAAAAACGCAAAUAUGGCAAAAAAGCAAAUAUGGCAUUAACGAAAAUAUGGCCAAAUCGCAAAUAUGGCAAAAACGCAAAUAUGGCAAAAACGGAAAUAUGA